UCCCGUGGAGCUGCUGCUGCUGCUGCUGCUGAGGCGUUCCAGCAUGCGACAACUUCAGCUUCAGACGAUGAUCUCCAAAGGAGCCGCGCAGCCAUGGGAGUGCAUUACCUCAGCCAUGCAAUUUCCACCAUCAAUAAUUUAAUCUAUUUGCUCCAAAGCUGAAGAGAUAUCCUGAAGCUGCUCGGGAGGGCGCACGGGGAGGAAAAUAUCGCUUAAGUUAAAUUACUCGGGGAGUUGUCCAAAACAUCCCAGAUGACACAACUGUCCUGUUGAAUGGUCUGUUUUACGACUGGGCAGUGAGAGUUCCACCAGGUUAGAAGAGUGAUGACCAUCCUGUUCCUUACUAUGGUUAUUUCAUACUUCAGUUGCAUGAGAGCUGCGCCCCUGAGAGACGCCCCGGGCAUGCGGGGCCAUCGGACGGAAGGCUACUUGGGCGCUGCUGCGACGGCCGCACGAGGCCAUGGGACUCCACAGAGUGGUGGGCCAGGCCAGCGUGGGGAACUGCCCUCGCUCACAGACACGUUUGAGCAAGUGAUAGAGGAGCUGCUGGAGGUGGAGGGCGAGGCGGCACAGCUGGGACAGGGGCCUGAUAAGAGCCAGGGAGGUGGGGGCCCGUCCUCUGUGGUCAACGCGGAGAGCAAGGAUGUCGACCUGUACGACUCACGGGUGAUGAUCAGCAACCAAGUGCCUUUGGAGCCGCCCUUGCUCUUUCUCCUGGAGGAAUACAAAAACUAUCUGGAUGCCGCUAAUAUGUCCAUGAGGGUGCGGCGACACUCCGAUCCCUCACGGCGUGGAGAGCUCAGUGUGUGUGACAGUAUUAGCCAGUGGGUGACAGCUGUGGAUAAAAAGACGGCAAUAGACAUGUCUGGGCAGACGGUUUCCGUCAUGGAAAAGGUCCCUGUCCCCAAUGGCCAACUGAAGCAAUACUUUUAUGAGACCAAAUGCAACCCCAUGGGGUACACAAAGGAGGGCUGCAGAGGAAUAGACAAGCGGCAUUAUAAUUCCCAAUGCAGGACAACCCAGUCCUACGUGCGAGCGCUAACCAUGGAUAGCAAAAAGAAGAUUGGUUGGCGGUUUAUAAGGAUAGACACUUCAUGUGUAUGCACAUUGACCAUUAAAAGAGGGAGAUAGUGUAUAAAAUGUAUAGAUUUUAUUGAAGAGUUUAAAAAAGAGAAUAAAGAGAAAAUAUCUAUUUGUAUAUAUACAUAACAGGGUAAAUUAUUCCGUCAAAUGAAAAUUUUAUGGACUGCAUGUAAAAAAAGAUGAAGUUUAUACAGUAAAAGUGAUACUACAGUCUAUUUAUUGAACAUAUUCAUGACCUUGUAAACAAUUAAAAAAAAUCUGAUCAGUCAUUUGCGCCCAGUUUAAAUUACUAUAUCACAUUGUGAUUUGUUUACGUUGCCAAGAAUUUGAAAAAAUGAAGGAAAAAAAAAAACAGGCAAAGAAUGAGAGAGGACGGUUCCAUCUUCAAAAGCUUGCAUGCUGCUUCAAUUGUGAAUCGAGAAAUUCUCCACUAACGACAAAAAAAAAGGAUAUGAUGCUGACCAAAAAAAACAUUCCGUUUACAUAUUCAGCAGAAAACAACUUUCCUCUCAAGUAAUUUAUCUGUUUACUGUUCUAAACUUCUCAAGGUAAUGUUGAAAUUACAUACUAUGUCAAGGUGCUGUUGUCAAAGCUUUGCUGUUUAUUUUUUUAUCCCCACCA